AUGGAGAAAUGGAAUCCACAAGUGCUUGAUGACCACUUGGCAAAUUUCAGCUACAUCGGAGAAUACUCACCGUGCGACAGCGACUGGACUGUAUACAAGAAGUAUGCUUCAGACACAAUAAGUCCUACCAAAUAUCCACAUUUUCAUCGUUGGUUGAAUCAUCUGAAAUUUCUCGAAGGAAAACAAACUUACGAAAUGCCACCGUCGAGUGCCGAGGAGACAGGUGAUGCCAGUUUACCCCAAAAUUUGCUACAUUACCUUGAGAAGCAUCAUCAAUUUGACACGUUCGAAUAUGCUGCAGCUACCAGAGAAGAUCAUCAGAAAGUAGUAGGUGCUGUGAAAAGUUUAGAAGCAGUUGAAGAGUUAGUGGAAACGGAAGAACGAAUUUCAAAAACUUUUGAAUUGACAACUGAAGGAAGAGGUAUGGUUGAAAGUGGUUCACAUGAAGCAAAAAUUUUUCGAUUUAUUGGGCCAGAUGGGAUUGAUCAAACCGAAUUAAUGAAACUGCCAUUCGGUAAAGUGGGCAUAAGUAAAGCAAUAGCAUCCGGAUGGAUUGCAAUUGAUAAGACUGCUGGAACAGUACGUAUAGUGCGAAAAGUCGAAACGAUUAACGAUAAAGUGCAAAAUGAACUUAAGAUGAUUUUGGUGGGGAAUGUGCAGAAAUUGGAUAUGAAAACUGUAAACGAAUUGAAGAAGAGAAAAUUAAUAACAGAGAUUAACAUCAAAAGUUAUUUGGUCAAAAAAGGUUCAGCAUUUUCGACGGUUUUAAGUAAACCCGAGGUUGACCUUACCGCAGAUAUGAUUAACAGCGGUUCAUGGCGAAAGAAGCUAUUCAAGAAGUAUAACUUUGACGCCUUAGGCAUGAUGCCAACUGGUGGUCAUCUACAUCCGCUUAUGAAAGUGAGAAGCGAAUUUCGGCAAAUUUUUUUCCAAAUGGGAUUUGUUGAAAUGCCUACUAACAGGUACGUGGAAUCUUCCUUCUGGAAUUUCGAUGCUCUCUUUCAACCACAGGAACAUCCAGCACGUGAUGCUCAUGACACUUUUUUUAUAUCAGACCCAGAAACAAGUUCUAAUUUUCCGGAAGAUUAUUUGCAGCGAGUUAAAAAGGUUCAUGCUGAAGGCGGAUAUGGUUCCAAAGGUUACAACUAUGACUGGAAAUUGGAAGAAGCUCAAAAAAAUGUUCUACGGACACACACAACUGCAGUUAGCGCUCGUCAGUUAUAUAAGCUUGCUAAGGAGGGAUUCAAGCCUACAAAAAUGUUCAGCAUCGAUAGGGUUUUCCGAAAUGAAACACUGGAUGCAACACAUUUGGCCGAAUUUCAUCAGGUCGAAGGUGUUGUUGCUGAAAGGAAUUUAACCCUUGCUCAUGUUAUGGGUCUUUUCACCGAAUUUUUUCGCAAAUGUGGUAUAACGAAUCUUCGCUUCAAACCCACCUAUAACCCUUAUACAGAACCAUCGAUGGAAAUAUUUGCCUUUCACGAAGGAUUAGGAAAGUGGGUGGAAAUUGGGAAUUCUGGUAUGUUCCGUCCUGAAAUGUUGUUACCUAUGGGAUUACCAGCUGAUGUGAACGUUGCUGGCUAUGGAUUAUCGCUAGAAAGGCCAACAAUGAUCCGCUAUGGCAUCGAUAAUAUAAGGGAUUUGUUUGGCCCGAGAGUUGAUUUACGAAUGAUUUAUGAGAAUCCGAUAUGUUGUCUUGACAAAAAUUGA